AUGUUCAAGUUUGCCGCUCGUGCCAUCCGUGCCCCUGUCAUGAGAGCCCCAGUCUCUGUGGCUCCAACUUUCAGAGCCAUGCAGCCAAUCCGUUUCUACGCUGCUGCCCCCAUCACCAAGGAGGAGGUCACCACCAGAGCAUUUGAGGCAUUGAAGACCGUUGCUGCUCUUCAGGAAUCUAACAUCAACAUCGAGUCCGACUUCCAGAAGGACUUGGGUUUGGACUCCUUGGACACUGUCGAGGCUCUCGUUGCCUUGGAGGAGGAGUUCGACAUUGAGAUCCCAGACAAGAUCUCUGACGAGAUCAAGACCGUGGGCCAGGCUGUCGACUACAUCUUCGAGGAAGAGCAAAAGUUGUAA